UCAACGCGGGGAAUUAAAUAAAGCAUUCCUGAGAAAAUCUCCUAGAGACAUAACAACUCAGAGGCUUUGGGACGAGAUUAGAAUAACUCAGCAACAAUAAAGUAACAGCAUUCAAUUUGACAUUUUGAGUAAAUUGUUAAUACUUAAUUAACGGCUGUUUACUUUUUGGUUUUCUACGCGCUGGUUUUUCCCUUGUCACAUUACGUGAGCCAGACUUAUGUUACUAGUGAGUUAUAUAAAAUGUAUUUUUAAAUCCAGUUUGCUAUGAUGAUCCUCGUUAACAAAGAAUAAUUGCGCAAAACUGAUAUUUAGUGACAUUCUCUCGAUAGUGUGGAAAUGCUGAAGUUUGCGGCUUGUAUUCUCUUCCUCUCCGUGGUUGACUCGAGGUUAAUCCGAAAAAGGCAAACGCACUGCCCGGAGGUCUGCGACUCCUCUACCUGUCCUCCCAGCCCGGAGUCGUGCUAUUACGGCGUCGCGAAGGACCACUGCGGCUGCUGCCAGGUCUGCGCGUCCGGGGAGGGCGACGUUUGCGGCGAUCGCGGAGCCGGGAUGUGCGGCGACGGCAUGGUCUGCCGGUACCCUAAGAGCAGCAGGCGAAAGCACCGGGGAUCCUGCGUGUGCAGGUCCGAGGAACCCGUGUGCGGGAGCGACUGGAGGACGUACCCCAGUGUCUGCCGCCUGAGAGCCGAAAACAGGAGGGCUGACCUGAAGGGGACCCCCCGGGUGAUCCUGAUCCAGCGGGGGAGCUGCGACUCCGGACCACACAAUCCAGAAAGUAUGCGCUAUAAGUUCAACUUCAUCGCAGACGUGGUGGACAAGAUCGCUCCAGCGGUGGUCCAUUUGGAGCUGUUCCUCAGGAUGCCAUUCUCCAAGCAGGAGAUCCCAGUAUCCAGCGGCUCUGGGUUCAUUGUGUCCGAAGACGGCUGGAUCGUCACCAAUGCCCACGUCCUCUCCAAUAAACAGCGCAUCAAAGUGGGACUGAAAAGCGGCGCUCAGUAUGAUGCCAGUGUCAAGGACGUGGACCAGAAGUUAGACAUAGCGCUCAUUAAAAUCGAGUCAGACAAUUCCUUGCCCGUGCUGCUCUUGGGCCGCUCGUCGGAUCUGCGGCCCGGAGAAUUCGUGGUUGCAGUGGGCAGCCCCUUCUCCCUGCAGAACACCGUCACGACGGGAAUCAUCAGCACCACGCAACGGGGAGGACAUGAGCUGGGCCUCAAGGAUUCUGACAUGGAAUACAUCCAGACUGAUGCCAUCAUUAACUAUGGAAACUCAGGAGGUCCACUGGUUAACUUGGAUGGUGAAGUCAUCGGCAUUAACACACUGAAGGUCACGGCAGGAAUAUCAUUCGCGAUUCCUUCGGACAGAAUACGGCAGUUCCUCGCAGAAUCAUACGACCGGCAAAUGAAAGGAAAAACACUCCCAAAGAAGAAGUACAUGGGAGUGAGAAUGCUUCAGCUCUCAGCUGGUCUGAUCAGAGAUCUGAAGGACCGUGACAGGGACUUUCCGGAUGUCAGCUCAGGUGUGUACGUCUAUGAAGUGAUCCCUGGAACAGCUGCAGCCAGCUCCGGCAUCAAGGACCGGGACGUGAUCGUCAGCAUCAACAGUGAGCCCAUCCACACCACAGAGGAUGUCAGUCAGGCCGUCCAGUCCAGCGAAACGCUUUCUGUGGUGGUACGUCGGCUGGACAAGGAAGUGACACUCACGGUGAUCCCUGAGGAAAUAGACUAGAAAUGACUCUAACCAGGUAUCCAAUAGAAGGUACCACCAAACUCUAUCAUACCCGCCACACCAUAACAACAAAACCCUUAUAGCACCAUUCAUAGUGGGAGGCAAAACCAAUCCUUAAUCCAUAAUGCUCAUUAUGAGAUAUAAAGGUUUUUCUAAGCAUAUGCAUUCUCAAGAAGUUCUACUUUGGUCUCUUUUGACCGGAACUUUAUUCAAAAUAUAAUUUCUAUGUACCUAAAUGCCUUUUUGUCCUGAUACACACACACAAAACAGAAGCACAAAAACUUUAAAUAACCAAAUGGUGGUGCCCAAAAACAAAUUUUAAAAAAUAUAUAAUUUAAAUAUUCUCACUGAAUAAGAAAAAAGCACUUGGUUGUAAAGGAGAAUAUGAGUAGCUGAGAUAUAAAAAAUGGAUCACAGACCUUUAAGAGAUCUUAUGUUCUGUCAUUAAACAAAUACACCAUGUUGAGGCUGGGCAAAUUCUACACCUCCCAUAUCAUCAAAUAAGUAAAGAUAAUUUAAAACACAUGGGGUUUUGCCUCUAGGACCCUCACACAACUGUGUAACAUUUCCAGCAAAUCUAAUGUUUUUAAAACACAAAAGUUCUAAAAGGAAGGUAGGACACAAGGAUCUAAUCUCAGAACCCCCAGGAGUAACCCUUUAAUAUAAUAAUCACAAAGCCCACACAGUGAACAUUGAACUUUUUACAUAUAUUUGUUUAUUCACACCAAGUGUCAC